GUCAUUUAUCACCAGAAAACGACGCAGGAAACUCGCCGGGCCGGAACAGGCUAAAUUAUCCCAAAGGUUCAUUGCCGCGGCCUCGCUAAGCUCCACAGCGCGGUGCGGGCUUCAUGCGGGUGAGCUGGGGUGACGGACGUUGCAGGCGCAGAGGGGGUUUGUCGUCAUUCUUUAAAAAGUGUUUAUGCCAGUUGGAUUUUAGGUCUGGACAGAGCUUUAUUUUUUACUGAGUCUUGAAUAUGUCACGGCGUAUCGCUUUGUGUGGGUGUACAGACGUGGGUGUGGUGCUGUCGCUGUAAAUUAUUGCUUUUUUUUUUUUUUUUUUUUUUUAAAAAUAAAGAUGCUCUCGUAACGUAAGCGACCAGCCGUCCCGUCACGUAAUUGAUUCGCACAGAUUCGACUGCUGCGGCGCCGGGCACGGCUGGGCCGCGUUGCCUAGCAACGCGCCGUCGCGCCGCAUGACGCCAUUUCCUGCGCGUCACGGCCGCGCCUGCGCCGUCCCUUGCCAACGGCCGUUGUCGGGGUGAGGGGCGGGGCCAUCGCGGCAGCGCUUCCGGCCGCCGCCCGCAGGCUGUGCGGUGAGGAGCGGCUCGGCCCGGCCCCGGGGCUGCCCGCUUUUUGCAGAGAGAAGAAAGAUGGAAAGUAAUGCGGUUUUACUGGAAUCCAAGUCCUCUCCCAUCAACCUCCUGAACGAAAUGCAUCAGCUGCGUCUCCUGGGCCACCUCUGCGACGUGACUGUCAGCGUGGAGUACCAAGGCGUCAGGGCAGAGUUUGUUGCUCACAAGGCUGUAUUGGCAGCGACAAGCAAGUUUUUCAAGGAGGUGUUCCUUAACGAGAAGGGCAUGGAAGGCCCAAGGACCAACGUGUUCUUGAAUGAGGUCCAGGUUGCUGAUUUUGCUUCAUUUCUUGAGUUUGUCUAUACCGCUAAGGUAGAAGUGGAAGAAGACAGAGUGCAGCGUAUGCUAGAAAUAGCCGAAAAGCUGAAGUGCUUGGACCUCUCGGAAACCUGCUUUCAAUUAAAGAAGCAGAUGCUUGAAUCGGUGCUGCUGGAGUUGCAAAACUUCUCGGAAUCACAGAACUCCGAGGAAGAGAGCGCCGCCCAGCCAAGCGUUUUGCUCGAGUCCAAAGCAGCUGCUGUGGCAGAAGCUGACCAGGCAGACCGUCCUCUGGCUCCUCUGGAUUCCCCAGCUGACAGGCGCAGCAAUGGAACGUCUCCCGAGAUGCCAGCUACCAAAUCAAAAGAGAAAAUGGACAAAAAAAAUAAGGAAAUGAUGAAGCCUCCUUAUGCCAAAAUCAGGAGGGCAAGCGGGAGGCUGGCUGGGAGGAAAGUAUUUGUGGAAAUCCCGAAGAAGAAAUACACGAGGCGGCUGAGGGAGCAGCAGAAGAGUGCAGAGGUUGCUGUUGAAGAAAACAAAUAUCCUCAAGACCAGGAUAUGUGUGAUGUGGAGAGAGAGGAGGGGCAAGCAGAGAACAACAUCAAACCUGAAAGUGAAGAAUGCGAUGGCAACUUUGAAUCAGAAGAAAGCCUGAAAAAAUCCGAAGAGGAUAAAAAGAAACGAGGCAGCAACUUCAAGUGCAGCACCUGUGAGAAGGAAUUCCUGUAUGAGAAAAGUUUUCUCAAGCACGUAAAGCACAGCCACGGCAUUGCGGCCGAAAUCAUUUAUCGGUGUGAAACCUGCAGUCAGACCUUUGCCAACCGGUGCAACCUAAAAAGCCACCAGCGCCAUGUCCACAGCAGCGAGCGCCACUUCCCUUGUGAGCUCUGCGGUAAGAAGUUCAAGAGGAAGAAGGACGUCAAGAGGCACAUUCUCCAGGUUCAUGAGGGUGGUGGGGAGCGUCAUCAGUGCCAACAGUGUGGAAAGGGGUUGAGCUCCAAAACUGCCUUGAGGCUCCAUGAAAGGACGCAUACAGGCGACAAGCCUUAUGGGUGCACAGAGUGUGAGGCUAAAUUUUCUCAGCCUUCUGCACUUAAAACACACAUGAGAAUCCAUACUGGUGAAAAACCUUUUGUCUGUGAUGAGUGUGGCGCCAGGUUCACUCAGAAUCACAUGCUUAUAUAUCACAAACGGUGUCACACAGGGGAAAGGCCUUUCAUGUGUGAAACCUGCGGGAAGAGCUUUGCCUCUAAGGAGUACUUGAAACACCACAACAGAAUCCAUACCGGAUCCAAACCGUUCAAAUGUGAAGUGUGCUUCAGAACGUUUGCACAGAGGAACUCGCUCUACCAGCACAUAAAAGUUCACACAGGUGAGCGACCCUAUUGCUGUGACCAGUGUGGCAAGCAGUUCACGCAGCUGAACGCGCUGCAGCGUCACCAUCGAAUACACACCGGGGAGAAGCCGUUCAUGUGCAACGCCUGUGGGCGAACGUUCACCGACAAGUCCACCCUCCGACGGCACACUUCGAUACACGAUAAAAACACCCCCUGGAAGUCCUUCCUUGUCAUAGUUGAAGGAGCAUCUAAGAAUGAUGAAGGUCACAAAACAGAGCUUCCUGACGAGGAAUAUGAUGUGUCACCUAAAAUACCAGAGAAGCUCCUGUCUUUCCCUGAAAACGGCCACUAUCAAAACUUGACUGCUGUCCCGGGGAGCGUGACUGCGCUGCACGACGCCGGUUCUGCCGCGGGAACAGACUGUAAGUCAGACGGGACACCGGGACCACAGGAAGCCCUGAUAGCCACCGCCUUGAGCGAGCUGACAGUGCUGCACACGCCGACAGACGCUGUUCAGCCACAGCUUCACGCUCUGGUGAAUAUGGAGUAAUUCGGUAUUUACAAAUCCGGUUUCAGCUGCACCCUUUGUAUAGUCCUUUGACUUUGCCAAUGACCCGCAGAGGGAACUGAAGGAAGCAGGGCUGGAGACGAAAGACGUGGAUUGCCAGAAUUUCCUCAAAAAAGUCAUUACCUGCCUCUGACACGUACCGCUCUGUCUCCCGUAGGCAGGGCAGAGUCACGCCACGCCAGGGGGUGUGGAGGGGUCCCGGUGAGUUUAUUCCCUACGAAUAAAAGGGUGUUGGCUCUAGCUGGCCCGCAGUGCGAGUGAGUACCUAUGUUCAGAUAGGUUAUAAAGAAGGGAGUUUGAUUUCCGCUUGAUUUGAUGACACAUGUACAAUCAGGAGAAAUGAUGUCAUGUUUCCAGACUAGUAGCUUAGUGAAAUUAAUUGUGUUUUCCCUAGUGGAAAUCCAUACAUAAAAUAAGUUUUACUAAAUUGCUUUUCAGGAAAUGUUGGUUUAUCUCUGCUUUUGCCAAAGAUCCGAGCAGUGAAGCCAGCUCGCUCCUUGGGAAUAUGAGUGGGAGCAAGCAAGUUUCAUUCCAGGAGUUUUAAUUCUCCAGCGUAACUCAAACAUCACCCUUGCUCUGACCUGCAGACCUACUUUUAAAUUAAGUACUACUCCGGUGGGAAAAGUUAAUUACUGUUCUGCUGUCGAGGUGCUGCAGCCCAUUCCAGCAGGGCAGGAGUCUCCAGGGGUAAGCUCAGUUACAAGCGGGAGGCAGGCAGCAUUCCGAUGACUAACGGUACAAAGUGACUCUGGUUGCCUUCAGCGUAACCUCACGGGGGGGUUUGGGGGGAUUUGGGGUGUUUUCCCUGUGCCCGAAGGAGCCUCUGCCGUAGCUGGCACCGACAGAGAGACGCCUGCCCGGGCUGACUCCCGGCUCUCUGCAGCACUUGCUGGUACCGUUAACACUUCAGAACUCAGGGCCAGAUCCCCAGUGCCACCAUCUACAAAUCCAGAGCUUUUCCUAAUUCAUUUUCUUCUUUAUUUUAAUAUUAUUAAUGUAGUACUUCCACAGAAACUUCCUCAGCUGAAGCUGUGAGUGAAACUUUUUCCGAAAGAUUGCGUUAGUGUAAAGGUAAGCACAAUCGAGCCCUGGGAGGGCCCGGUCUAAGGCUUAGGGGUUGGCAAAGCAAUAAAGACCCCCAGACUGUGGCACAGAGCUAUUUUUGAACCUUAGAGGGACGGCGGAUGCGUUACCGUGGAAUCAGAACUUUAAUCUAGAGAAAGGGAAUUUUUUUAAAAGAGAACAUUUCCAAGAGGUUAUAUUUGAAGUAUUUAUUCAAGCGCGAUGUCCCUGCCGAAGCUCAGUACCCCUGAUGCUGUAAAGAGGCUGUAGAUAUAUUUAAAGCCUGAGCAUUAGCACCUGUAGCCAGGGCAACUUUUGUACUGCGGGAAUGUACGGACGCGAGUUACUCCUACGCACUGUUCUUAUUAAAAUACUGAAAUCUCAA